CUGUGGAUUGCUUUGGUUCUGAGAAGCAUACACAAUGGAAGAUUGUACUGCUGAUCACCUUGCUGAGAAGUGAACAUCAAAUGACUUUCGUCGCAUCGAGAAGGGAGGGAGGGAGGGAGGGAGGGAGGGAGGGAGGGAGGGGGGACAGACUAAUAGCUCCACUAGAAUUAUUUGGCGCUUUUCGUACAUGUUGCCAUGCCUCGGCCACUUCUAAGCUCACGGGCAGCCUACCGGUCAGCUGGCCGUCCCUGGUAUGUGCUUCAGCAUCGUUGGAAAGCCGUAUUUGUUUUUGGCAUUUUGUCUGUCUGCUCUCUCCUUGCCUUCUGCCCUGAGUUGGUCGACAUCGGCAAGUCUGACACCCCUCAUCGGACUGAGUACCCUUUCGCAUCCGACUCUAGAAAAGACGGAAAGUCACGGAGUGAUGAGGAGACCUCUGCCCUUGGUCAUGGCGUCCGAAGGCAAGGAGUUGAGGUGUAUAAUCCACUGGAGAAGAUGGAUGUGAUGCUCCUCAGAGGCGUGGGACCGCGUUAUCGCGGUGUUAGCAAGAAUGCAAGUGCCAUGGAACACCCAGACCCAACCUCUGGCCUGCAGUUGUUGCUUGACGCUAUGCGGGACGCGGGAAACUGGUCGUCUCGUGUCCCAGAGGUUCCCGCGGGCACAACAUGCGAGGCAUGGCUGACGGAAAACGACAAAUUCAAUUACAGCCGGGAUUUCUCUGCGGAACCUAUCAAAGUGGGAUCGCUGGAAGUGACCGUCUGGAGAGGAUGUCCCGUCGGGUGUGUUUUCUCGGCCACGACAGAAGCCGUAGAUGGCAACAUGAUCGACGGACGCGGUGCUUCCGAGCUGCGGAUCGCAAGGACAAUGGAGAGUGUAACCAAUUACCCGACGUACAGAGUAGAUGAUGCACACUCUGCAGGGUUUUCUGUGGUAAUGACCACUGAUCUGAACUCUGAUGUUCCUGUCGGCUAUUUCUCGUGGGCGGAGUACGACAUAAUGGCACCGCCUGAGGUGAAAGACGGUCCAUCGCCAGCGGUUGCCUUCAUAUCAAAUUGUGCCGCGAGGACAUUCAGGCUGGAAGCAAUCGAGCGCUUCCAAUCAUUGGGCGUUGCUGUGGAUUCCUACGGCGCGUGCAGAAGAAAUAAGCCACCGGGUGCAGCUAAACAUAAGACCUUGCCGCGCUACAAGUUUUGUCUGGCUUUUGAGAAUUCGAUCGAAGAGGAUUAUGUGACUGAGAAGUACUUCCAGUGUUUGGUUGCCGGCUCUGUGCCAGUUGUCAUCGGUGCGCCGAACAUCGACGACUUCGGACCUGCGCCGGGCUCUCAUCUCCACAUCGCGUCAGUCAACGACAUAGACGCUGUCGCACAGAGGAUCACACAGUUGAUGGAGAGCGAAGAGGAGUACGAUCGAAUGCUGCGCUGGAAACGGGACGGUCCGAGCGACCAGUUCCUUGCCCUCGUGGACAUGGCAGCCGUGCAUUCUUCUUGCAGACUGUGUAUCUUCUUGGCCACCAGGCUUCGGGAGCAAGAAGAGAAGGAUCAUGGCGGCGGCGGCUUUGGCUGGCGGCCAUGUAGGUGUCGUGAGAGAACUGAGUCUGGCGAAGAGGUGACCGUUUACCACCUGUAUGUGCGCGAAAGAGGGCGUUUCGAGUUCGAGAGCGUUUUCCUGCAGUCAGGGGCACUGACACAACUGGCGUUGAAGAUGGCAGUGCUCAAGGUCUUCAGCGCAAAGGGUCAUGUGCCCGUGUGGAAGAAAGAGAGACCCAGGAUAUUGGCUCGAUCGAAUGUUUUGAGAGUAUAUAGCAUUUACCCUGUGUGGGCGACGCAGCGGGCUGCUCUGUAUGAAGGUGCAGCCUUGACAACAGACGAGCAAGUAACUGCUUUUGUUGAGGCGAAACCCUGUGGAAAACUUGAAGUUAUUUUUGUCUGAUGGGUUAAAAUUUAAAAGUAGGUUUAGGAGCCAUGAGUUGGUGAUUUAGUCAUUUUUCUGAUUUUUUUCUGAUGAUUUUUGUCAGAAUAAUUAAAGUAGAUAUGGUAGCCACAAGUUGGUGAUUUAGAUGUAGGCAAGUUUUCGCUCAGAAUUUCUGAGUCCUAUAUAUAUUAUUAUAUACUCUAUUACUCGUUGUCUUUGUUGGUUAUUUUAACUUAUUUAAUUCAUAAUAAUAAUAAAUUUUUGGUCAGAAU